CAGAUCUAAAGCUACUAUGGAUAGACAAAAGCCGCUUGAAAUGUUGCCUAAACCAAUCAGUCUGAGUUAGACAUCAACAGGAAGAAGAAACUGUUCGUUAAAAGACGCGGUGGUUUACUUGCGGAACAGAAAUGGUGUCAACAAGUGAAGUGUUUUGUCUGUUGUUGGUCGCGAUCUUGUGGGGAGGCACAAACCCAUUCCUGAAAAAAGGCACGGAGGGCAUUGAAGGCGUACAGAAGGACAACAAACUCCUCCAGUUUCUGGCUGAGGUCAAAUUUCUGUUUCUCAAUACCAGGAUCCCAUUCCUGUUGAACCAAAGUGGAUCGUUAGUGUUCUACCUCACUCUUGCUUCUACAGAUCUGUCUCUGGCUGUUCCCAUGGUGAACUCCCUCACAUUUCUGUUCACGUUACUAAUGGGUAAAUUGCUUGGAGAAGAGUUCGGAGGAAAGAGAGCUGUGCUGGGGAUGUUACUCAUCAUGUGUGGAGUGACCGUGUGUGUACUGAGUUCUGUCUCUGAGGCAGACGGCGCAGGAGCCCGCAACUCAAGUGAUCUUUGAAAUGUGCCCCUGGACUGCUCCGGCCAUGUGAUCACACCUCGCACACACAUUCAUCUGACACAAUAUCUGUGCUGCUUUAUUUUCAGUAUGUGCUGUGAUUUUGUGCUAAGAGGUGAUGGUUGACUUUAAAUUUGUACUUGAACCAUGUUGGUGAAAUCCAAAUGUUUUGCACUUUAAAUGCAACUGUGGAAAGAGUAGCUUUUCAGUGUAUGCGAAAUGUGAAACAUACGAUAUAUUUGUAUAAACUGUAUUAUUAACUGAUAUUUAUAUGGAUUUGUAUUAAUAAUGUGAAGGUGCCCAGUGUUUAAAUACAUUUAUUUUGAACUUUUACAUUCAGAUGUCUUAUUUUGUUAAACAGAUGAAAUAAAAAAAAAAAUGAAUCUC